GUAAAAUUAUACGCGCCGGGUAGUACUACCCGAAAACUACGACCAACGCUCCAGUCUGCAGGUGAUAUACCUAUGUAUGUAUCAUUACACAUAGAAAUUAUACAACAUGACUACCUACUAUAAUAAAAUGUGCAGGGCACCCUCACGACACGGGCAUCCUUGUAUAUAUAUGCCCUCCUUGGCAACUAACUAUAUAUGUUGCCUAAACAAAUCGCCGAUUAUACAUGGCAUUUUAUAGAACACAUUCGUUACGUUCAAACGCACGUUAUUAUAUUUUUUAGCGCUCAACAGAUAUUAUUAUUAUUAUGUCGGAAAAAGAUAUUGCCAGACAAGUAUUGCGUGGUUAUAUAGACAGGGAAAUCGACUUAGAAAAUCAAUUAAAAGAUAUUAUAUUGAGCAGGCGCAAGACGACAGCAGUGGUAGAAGAAGACUUUUUUAAAAUCCGACGGCAGCAAAUGGAAAAACAAAAGAAAAUCGCAAAAAAAAGGAAUGAAACAUUUUUAAAAGAUCUCGAACACACUACUGCAAAAUUGAGAGCAUCUCUAGCUUGCGAUGAUAUCAUCGACAAAAAGUUAGACAAUGAACGUAAAAAGUUUACAGAUUACAUCAGACAGACACGUGAAAAGUCUGUUUAAUACUUAUAUUAUGUAUGUAUAUAGAUACACGUACCAUUCAGGAAGCUGUUUUUGACAUGUAUAGGGUAUUGUGAUAUUUUAUCAACAAAUCAAUUUUUUAUAGUCUGAAUUUAAUAAUAUAUAAUUCUUUCUCAAAUUAAAUG